UACAAAUCGUUACUCAGACGCGAGCGCUCGAGUUGAAACUCGGCUUUGACUUCGAUUUCCGCACCCGCCUGCCUGCCACCCACCCGUCUUGAGCCACAGCAAGCAAAACACAAAGAAAACUGCCCAAAGCGAACAGAGACAAUAACAAAUACGCAGAGAAGUGGCGAGCGCACAAGCACACGUCUUGACGUUUUCAAAACGUUCAAAAGGCGAGAGGAAACAGUGGAGAACGUCUAGAAAACUGAUUUGAGUGCGUUAAAAAAAGACAGUUGUCAAAUUAUCCUGACGAAGGAAUGCUCCGGUGUUGUCGUCAGGAAUAAAUUAGAAAGAACGUGUAAUCUAGGCCAACGCCCAGCUGUAAGAAGGCGUGUUCUCCAAAACACGAAGUGCGAAGUGAAUUGGCAGCAGUGAAGUGAAGGCCUUUUGAUUGCCACUCAACUUUUGCAACGGCGGCAAACAAAACGGCAAAAGUCCGCUUAAGGCGACCAUCAGGUGUCAACUAUAUGUAGCCAGCCCCAGGAAAAUAGGCGAACCGACGAUAACCUCACGAGCACCCGAAAAUUCGUGUUUGGGCACCAAGGACUUUGUUAGCAUGAUACCACACUGUGGAUACCGUUACAUGUGGAACCGUGAAAUUGUGAUAAACUCGCAAAAGUUGGUGAAACGACGUUAAGCAGCAGUCCCAGCCAUCCGACCACGCCGACUCUUUUGCGGCAGCAGUUGGAUACCAAGGACAGAAAGACAAGAACCGAAGGACAGACACACAAUCGAAACCUAUAACUCAAUUUAUUCAUGCCGUUAUAACGUGGAAAGCUCUAGAUACUUUUUCGAUCUGGGGUUGUUUUUUUCAGUUUUGACAUAAGUCGGGCUUUACAUUGAACUUUUAGUUAAAUCCGACACAUAGUUUCUUAUACAUUCUUAACUGUUUUUUGUAUUUCUAUUAACUCUACGUAAGCGGUGGACUUAAAACUGCUGAGACAGCACGUUCUGCAGCCAUUCGAUUGUACAUUCAAAAUUGACUCUGUGAUUUUUUAUUGACCUUUUGCAAAUAUUUUAUUAAUCUUUAUAUUAAAAUUCGAAAAUUGUUCAUAUUAUUUACGAAGCGCAUCUCGUUAACAUAGAUAUUGUAGGUAUUAAUUAAGUUAAAACUCUUUUUUGUUCUGUAAGAUUUUAUUUUUGCGAUUCGUACAAGUUUAUAUAUAGAUUAGGUUAAGUCAUUUAUACAACAUAUUUGUUCUUUUUGUUCCACUUUCUUUUACUGCCUUAAUUUUAUUUGAUUGCAACUGAGCGAACAUUUUCCUUACAUUUGACAACAUUACGGUUCACUGCUGCCGCAAACAUGAGUACAUACAUAUUUAUGCAAGCCUAUGAAUGCCUCCUGGACCAAAAGGCAACCCUGAACUGCAUCGACUAUGACGGUAACAGCUAUCAGCCCAACAUCGACGUUGCCAGCCAGCCGACAAUACACUCAAGCAAAGUACAACUCGCUGCAUCUCUCGUUUCUGGCGACGAUUACCAGCUUGGUGAUGCCCCAUCUGCAAUCUUGCAGCAGCUAACGCCGCCCCAGUCGCCGCCCCAAUUCGAUGCUUACAGUCAGCCAGCGAAAUCUCCCCAGCCGGUCUUCGUAAAGGCAGAGCAGAAGGUGCAAUGCUACACUCCCGAUGUUACCAAUAUGGGCGCCGCCACCCCCUUCAACUUUACCAACUGGGCAGGCGGCAGCGAAAUUGCCCGGGAAAACCAACUGGUCGACGAUAUCGUCAACAUGCGUGCCAAGGAGCUUGAGUUGACCACAAACUGGCAGCCCUUUACCGACGACUGCGAGUCUCAAGCCUCGUCGUCGCUGGACAGCAGAAGCACCGCCAGCGGAGUGGGCGGCAGCAUCGCCGACGCGGACGAGGACUGGCUUCCAGAGCCCGUCAGCAGUUCGUCCUCGCCAGCACACUCGUCCGUGGAGCAGCCUGUGGUCAGCCCGAAAAAGCGUACCCGCACCUACGGACGCGGUGUGGAAGACCGAAAAAUCCGUAAAAAGGAGCAGAACAAGAACGCGGCCACUCGCUAUCGUCAGAAGAAGAAGCUCGAAAUGGAGAGUGUUCUGGGUGAGGAGCACGUGCUGUCCCAGGAAAACGAGGAGCUCCGUCGCACUCUGCGAGAGCGUCGCAACGAGAUGCGCUAUCUGCGCCAGUUGAUACGCGAGUUUUACCAGGAACGCAAGCGCUAGGCGUUGCCUUGUCGCAUCUAAGUUUCAAUGUCGUUUGCAAAGUUAUUGUUAUCGUUAAACCCAAGAAUCCCGUAUUCCCCCAACAACAACAUAAUGCAUCUAUGUACACCACACAACAACAAUCACCAGCCUAUCCAAAGCUUAGAGAAAACCUACUAUGUACAUAGCCUGUCUUGGCCCUCAAUUUUGGCACUUAUGACGAGUCUCAGCAUUCCGAAUUAUUCCAUGCCACUGGAGGCCAAUGACAAGCCUAUAUCGCAAACAGCACAGGCCAAUCUGUCACCCAAAAGAGACAACAGAUUUUUAAUUGCAUAAAAACUCGAAUGAAAACCUUUUUCAAUUGUUUUUUUUGCGACGUGGCUGUUGUACUAGAUUGAUUUCGAUUUUAUUUUUUGGACAAUAGUUUUUACAAAUGUAAUGAUUUCUUUUAAUGAUUUUUUUAACAAUAUAAAUAUACAAAUACUAUGAACAUCAUGUAUCAGCAUUAAAUCAAAAAGGGUUUUCAAAAUAAAAA